GCCAGAAACUCUUCCUAAGCUGACCAAUUCAAUUCCCCCUGUAACACAAAACAUAGAGCUCUGCCGGAAAUGGCAGCCUCUCCAAGCAAAACCCACCUCUCCCUCUUCACUUUCCUCUCCUUCUUCCUAAUAAUUCAAGCAAGAUUGAUUCUGAAUCGUUCUGAUCUCAAAGCCCUCUCCAUAAUCCAAAAAGACUUGGGUCUUAACUGUCAACAUUAUCUCUCUACCAAACCAUGCAACUCCCCUGGUGUCAUUUGUGAGAGGAGACUCUCAGACAACCACACCUAUGAGCUCAGAGUGACCAGACUCGUCUUUAAGUCCCAAAAGCUCGCCGGAUUUCUGUCCCCGUCAAUCGGACAGCUUUCUGAGCUCAAAGAGCUCUCUCUGUCUGAAAACCAGCUAGUUGACCAAGUACCAUCCCAGAUAGUUGACUGCCGGAAACUUGAAAUUCUCAGCCUCCAAAACAAUAAGUUUUCUGGGGAUAUUCCAUCUGAAUUAUCCUCACUUAUUCGCCUUCGAGUUCUUGAUCUUGCUUCCAAUAAAUUCUCUGGGGACUUGAGUUUCAUGAAAUAUUUUCCCAACUUGGAAAAUCUGUCUCUUGCAGACAAUCUCUUUACUGGGAAAAUUCCUGCUUCUAUUCGUUCUUUUCGUAAUCUCCGGUUUUUUAACAUCUCAGGAAAUGAAUUCCUUGAAGGUUCAAUGCCAAUGAUAAACCGGGGUGAAUACUCAGAAUCUGAUGUUCCCAAACGAUACAUGUUGGCUGAGAGUCCAACUAAAAGCAGCAAUAAUUCUACAAAUGCAUCAGCUUCAAGUCAUAAAGCUUCCAUUUCAUCUGCUCCAGCUCCUUCCCCAUCAGCAUCACCUCACCAUCACAAAAACAACAAGAGGAAGCUAGCUGGUUGGAUACUUGGAUUCCUGGCUGGAGCGUUAGCCGGAAGUAUAUCAGGGUUCAUCUUUUCUUUGAUAUUUAAGUUGCUGUUGGCUGUUGUAAGGGGUAGAGUGAAAGACGCAGGUCCAGCAAUCUUUAGUCCUUUGAUCAAAAAGGCAGAGGACUUAGCUUUCUUGGAGAAAGAAGAUGGCCUAGCUUCAUUUGAACUCAUAGGAAAAGGUGGGUGUGGAGAAGUUUACAAGGCUGAACUUCCAAAUAGCAAUGGGAAAAUGAUUGCCAUAAAGAAGAUAGUCCAGCCUCCAAAGGAUGCAGCAGAAUUGACUGACGAAGACAGUAAGCUUCUGAACAAGAAAAUGCGCCAAAUUCGAUCUGAGAUUAAUACUGUGGGUCAAAUUAGGCACCGCAAUCUUCUUCCUCUAUUAGCCCAUGUGAGUCGGCCUGAUUGCCAUUACCUCGUGUAUGAGUUCAUGAAGAAUGGUAGUUUACAAAACAUUUUGGAGGAAGUUUCAAAUGGGACUAAAGAGUUGGACUGGUUUGCUCGUCACAAGAUUGCACUAGGAGUGGCAGCAGGGCUUGAAUAUCUUCACUUCAACCACAGCCCACGUAUAAUUCAUCGAGAUCUCAAGCCUGCAAAUAUACUUUUGGACGAUGACAUGGAAGCUCGAAUUGCCGAUUUUGGGCUUGCCAAAGCAAUGCCUGAUGCUAACACGCACAUCUCAACUUCCAAUGUGGCAGGAACUGUGGGUUAUAUAUCACCAGAAUACCACCAAACUCUGAAGUUCACAGACAAGUGUGAUAUCUACAGUUUUGGGGUGAUGCUAGGGGUUUUGGUAAUGGGAAGGCUCCCAUCUGAUCAGUUUUUCCAGGAGACACAGGAGAUGAGCUUGGUGAAAUGGUUGAGGAAUGUGAUGACAUCAGAUAAUCCUAGACAAGCAAUUGAUUCAAGGCUCAUGGGAAAUGGAUUUGAGGAGCAAAUGCUCUUAGUUUUGAAGAUUGCUUGCUUUUGUACACUAGAUGACCCGAAGCAAAGGCCUAAUAGUAAGGACGUUAGGUGCAUGCUUUCUCAGAUCAAGCAAUAAGUAUGCAAGGGUAGGUCUGAGGAUGACCGAGAAUAAUGCUGCCAUUUGACAAAUGUUAUGUUUAAUUAGAUCAAUUAUAUUUCCAAUGCAUCUUUCUGUUUAAAUGAUUGUACCUUUUUUCAGCAUGUUGAUUUACACAAUGUAAACCAAAAUGAUAGUAUGUCAAAAAUGUAGUAUAAAUAGCAUAUGCUGCUUUAGGCUAUAAAUAUAGUGGCUCAUAAAGUAAAGGAAAAUAUUUAAGUUUAUAUAUAGAAUGAAGUGCAAUGUUUAAUAUUUA